AUGGUUGUUCUAAGGAUAAGAAAUGUCCACAAAAGGAAGUAUAUACUUAUUUGCCUGUGCAUAGUUGGCUUCAUCAUGUAUAAAAAUCUCAGCAAGCCAGCAGGCGGGUGGAGGAUGAGCAGAAAAGUGGGCCUGAGCGUCAACAUGUCCCAGUUUACCCUGGGAGGCGAGUCAUUUUGUAUCCUCGGGGGGUCCAUUCACUAUUUCCGUGUGCCAAGGGCGUACUGGAGAGACCGCCUGAUGAAGAUGAAGGCCUGUGGCAUCAACACCCUCACUACAUACGUGCCAUGGAGCCUGCACCAGCCAGAGAAGGGGGUUUUUAACUUCCACACACAGCUGGAUUUAGAAGCCUACAUCAGUCUUGCUGCUGAACUUGGACUGUGGGUGAUUUUACGUCCAGGGCCAUACAUUUCUGCUGAGCUGGACUUGGGAGGACUACCAAGCUGGCUUCUCAGGGAUGGCAGCAUGAGACUGAGAACAACUCACCCAGGCUUCACUCAGGCUGUCAACACUUACUUUGACAAACUUAUACCAAAGGUGGUUCCGCUGCAGUUUAAGAAAGGAGGUCCCAUCAUUGCAGUCCAGGUUGAAAAUGAGUAUGGAUCCUUUGCAAAGGACCAAAGUUACAUGAUUUUUAUCAAAGAGGCUUUACAGUCCAGAGGGAUCAGUGAGCUCUUGGUCACAUCAGAUAACCCCAAUACGCUGAAGUCAGGAGGCGUUGAUGGAGCUAUCAGGUCGGUGAAGCUGCAGAAGCUGAAUCAGAGAAACAUCCAGGAUCUAAACGCUAUCCAGCCCAACGGCCCCUCCAUGGUGAUGGACUACUGGACUGGCGGGUAUGAUGUGUGGGGGGACCUCCACCAUGUGCUUCCCCCAGAGGAUAUGGUGUCCGCUGUGAGAGAAAUCCUGAGGCGAGGAAUGUCUGUCAACCUGUACAUGUUCCACGGAGGAUCCAGUUUUGGCUUCAUGAGCGGCGCGCUCGCUGAACCUUCCUACAGAGCUUUAGUCUCCAGCUAUGAUUAUGAUGCGCCUCUAUCUGAAGCUGGGGAAUAUACUCCAAAGUACCAUCUCCUAAGAGAUCUAUUUUCUCGAUACAACAAAAAAGGGGGCAGUUUACCAGACAUGCCAGCCCUGGGUUACAGGGAAACUUAUGAACCAGCCAUCAUGUACCAGCAUCUGUCUUUAUGGGACGCUUUGAGCUUCACUGAGGAACCUUUUAAGUCAUCCAGGCCAGUAAACAUGGAGAAUCUACCUGCAAAUAACAGGAACGGCCAGUCCUACGGCUACACUCUGUAUGAAACUACAAUCACUAGUGGAGGAUUAUUAAAGUCAGGUGACAAUGUCCGAGACCGUGCCCUGGUGUUUGUAGACAGAAAUUAUAUCGGACUUUUCAAGCGCAAGACCCUGGAGCUGGCUGUUCCUGAUGGUAAGGGACAACGCACCUUAAGUUUAUUGGUGGAAAACUGUGGACGAGCUCACCGUGGAAGGGACCUUGACAAACAACAUAAAGGACUAGUGGGAGACAUUUUAUUAAACAAUACUCCCUUGCGGGAUUUUACAAUAUACAGCCUGGAUAUGAAACCCAGCUUUAUUGACAGUCUUUACCAGGCACCUUGGAAAAGUCUCCCUGAAAAUCCCAGUUUUCCUGGAUUUUUUAUGGGGAGGCUGUUUGCAUUUGGGUAUCCAAGUGACACGUUUGUGAAGCUGCCCGGCUGGGAGAAAGGUGUUGUGUUCAUAAAUGGGCUGAAUCUGGGGCGCUACUGGUCUAUAGGCCCACAGCAGACUCUCUACCUCCCGGGACCUUUUCUCAACAGCGGAAUCAACCAGGUAAUUGUUUUUGAAGAGAAAGAGGGAGACUACAAGGUCAACUUUGAGGAUGCACCUGAUCUGGGCAUGGCAGCAGAAAUCCAGUGACCAUCGUCAGAUCCUGUAUGAGAAGUUUGUUUGACAAUAAUUUCUUGCUCAUCAUUUAAGGUAGUCAAAUGCAAAGACAUCAAUGUGGUCAAUGUCUAAUAAAUUUUAUAAACACGGUCCAACCUUUAACCACAAUGAUGCUCAAUGACACAGUCAUGAUUUUUUACAGCAUUAUUUUUAAUCUAUAUAGGUACAGUACCUUUGGUUACAAUAAAUCUUAACACACAAAAUAGUUCUUACCCGUGAAUUUCCACAAGAGUCAUGAUUUAUGUCUUGGAAUGACAGUUAAAUAUUAUAUUGUUAGGUCUGUAUUGCCUGUGUGAAUAUUUUGAGGAGCAUAUUACUGACAGAUUAAUUUUAAGCCUGCAAAAAAAAAAAAAAAAAGAAAAGAAAUAAAAAAGAAAAAAAGAAAAGAAAAAAGAAAGUUGGUCUGUAGACAAUAUGAACUGAAGAAGCAGAAGCAAACAGCUUUUAAAUGAAACCAAGCAGCAUUGUAGCAUCCUCACACCCUCAUAUCAAAGAAAAAGUUAAAGGUUUAAAACGUCUGUCACACUGAUAACUGCCCUAACUUUUCAAUGUCAGUCUCAGAAAACAUCUACAUUUAAAAGGGGUGCUAUUGCAAGUCAGUAGUGUAUGAAAUCAUCACCUGCAAGCCAUCCGUCCACCCAUGCUGGGAAUAAUUAUAAUGAGUAUGCAUUUCCAGUUUUUAGAGAAAUGGCUCCAUGUUCCAAGCAAAGUUCACAGAUAAACAACAACCGACAACAAUUAAGAAAGCUUCAGUUCAACCAUUUCAAACCUUAAUUG